CUGGGGUAACUUACGUGCGUUGAUAGUUUUUAAAACACCACAAAGGACCCACUGGGGACAGCUGUUUUUGCCCAUCCGAACGAUGAAGACAUGGUUUAAAGGGCAAACAGAAGCAAAAGGAACGGCAGCCACAGACAGAAGCAAACGAGCUACUACAAUCAGGGCGUUAUUAAAGAUCGUGGCACAGGAGCUAACAGUAGUCAUCUGUUUUACGUCCAGAGAACAUGUUUAGUUUCUAGAUCCCAUCGUGUUCCUUUUCGUUUCUACAGAUCCAACAUCGGGAAGAGUAAGUUCUUAGAUAUUUACUUACGAUGUUAAACAGGUUGGUUGAACUAACCAGUUUAAUUUGUUUAAACUUCAGACAAAUUGAAAGUGCGUUAUUUCUGCAAAUGGUAGUUCCUCUCUAUGACUAAAUGAACCCAAAACUCAAUUUCAAGAUUUCAAUCAUACAUUACCAUUUUGCUACUUUAUUUAUAACAAUGAUUUGUUCAUUAAAAAAAUAAGUUCAUCUGAUAGAUCGUCAAUAGUUAUUGCAUUUCAUGAACUCUCAAACCUGAACUAUGUUAAAUCUGAACUCUUUACAUUUGUCAUUUUGAUAGAUUUUCUCCACCCACAAUGAAGCCCCCAUCUAUAACCCUGAUAAUCUUGCUUAGUAUUUCUGCUUUGCCUGGGACAAGAGGAGUUUUUUCAGCUGCAACUCAACCUCAUCACAGAGGUGUACCCGUCAGACAACCUUCACUUAUAGAUAACAUCCGCAAAGACCUAUUCCCAGCUGCAACCAAAGUUGAUGUUAUGGAAAAAACACAACAAAUUAUUGAUCAGAUGCUGCAGCAGAAACUUCAGAGAACAAAAGAAAUGUACAAAUUGGAAGAAACACCAUCUCGGAAAAGAAGAUCUAUUUCUUCCAGCUUGAGUGAGGCAUAUAUUGAGUACUAUCAGUUAAUUGAUGUACAGGGCUUAGAUCAUCUGACAAUUCCUGAUUGUAUCGACAUCGCUUACUUCACUCAUAAUGAUCAUCAUUACAUAGUAGCAGCCUCGGUCAACUCCACUCACGAACAGACAUUCCUGUACCAUUAUCAUAAUGAAGAAGCUAAUUUAUUGCAGACUCUGGACACAGCUGACGUACAAGACUUGACAAUCUUCCAAAUAGAAGAGAAAACUAUUCUGAUUGUUAUGGAGAGCAAUUCAGAUACUACUGGUAUACCGACUGGAACAGUGGUAUACCAGUUUGAUAAUUCAACUCAAAACUUUGGGUACAUCCAAAGAAUCACAACGACUGAUCCAACCAAGCCAGAAGCCUUCUUUACUGAAGAUACUGCUUAUGUCAUUUUUGCCGGUGCUUUUGUUGAAACUGUUACUGAAGGAUUUGAGCACAAAUUAUCAGCAUUGUACAAAUGGGAAGGAGGUCAUUUGGAUAUGAUUUCAACCUUCAUCACAGGAGACGCAGUUGAUGUAUUUCCCUUUACAGUGUUUAGUCAAAUCUUUGUUGGUCUGGCUAAUCGCUCAGAUUCCCAUCUUCUACACUUUAAUCCUCAUCUGGAAGUCUUUGAAAGAUAUCAGGAUAUUAGUGUGAGUGAAGCAGUAGAUUGGGAACACUUCUACCUGGGACAAUCUAGAGAACAGGAUCAUUUCUUGGCUGUAGCAAGUGGGUUAGCUGGUGCAAGCCAAUCCAUUAUCUACAAGUACUUCCACAAUGAGUUCGUUCCAUUUCAAGCCAUAGUCACAACUGGUGCCCAUCAAUGGCAUGCCAUUACUAAUCCAAGUGGUACCUUGCGUACCCUAGCCUUAGCCAGUGACAGCGGAAUCAGUUUCUAUGUUUAUAAUGGAUGGAUAUUUGAGGAGUCUUCUGUAUCUAUCGCUAGUUCCUUCAAUCCAGGAAGAAUCCACAGUUUCAUCUCAUUCAUAGACGGGGAUCAGAUGCUUCUAGGUCUAGCUGAUAAUUCUACCUACAAUGCUAAUAUCAUUAAGUUGAAUUUCACCGUGAAUUCUCCAGUGGAAGAUUUACAUGAAGCUGUUAAUGCAUCAUGCCUCAAGUUAAAAGAAAAAAUUGCGAGUUUGGCUGCUGAACUGAAUGGAACUGUGGAGAAUUCCACUAAUCUUGUUUACAUCAACUCUACAGAGGUGCAGUAUAUUACCGGCAACAAGACGUUCAAGAAUAAUGUGACUGUUAAUACGCUAGUGGCCAGAAGCAUUGAUACUCAAAAGGGACUGAUUUUAGAUGAUGGAGAAAAAGCGGAGCUUGCUGACAUUGUAUCAAACCAGACACAGAUGUUAGCUUCUCUCAAAGCCAUGGAAGAUAAACUCAAAGGAGCAGUCAGGAAAACUGGUCCUGUGCAAAUCAUUACAGGUCGUAAAACAUUUCUUGAAUUAGAUGUAUCUGUCCUUGAAGCUGAGACUGUAACUACAGGGAGUGAUAUCAUCAAUACAGAUGUGAAUCUAACUGAUUUGACGACUAACACAUGGUACAAAGACAGAGAUCAGGUUGUGAAUGUUGGAUUUAGUAUAGCUGGUAACCUGACUGUGGUAGAAGACCUGGCAAUAUCAGGAACACUAGAUUCUAUUCAGACAUCAUCAAUAGUAACACUCACUGGUAAUCAUACAAUUACAGGCAGUAAACACUUCCAAGCAUCACUUCAAGUCAAAGGUAAUCUAGAUGCGAUGCAAUCCAUUGAUGGAGUCAGGGUAUCUGAGGAUAAUCUUCUUUUGACGUAUGGGGCACAGACUAUCCAGACUGAUCUGAAUGUAACUGGAUAUGUUACCUUUAGCAAUGAUGUGGAAGUGGAUGGGCUGGUAGAUGGCUGUGAUGUAUCAGCUCUAUAUCAAGAUGCUGUGUUGACUAUUGGUGAUUUCAAUAUAACAGGAAACAAGACAUUUACCGGUGAUUUAGUACCUGAGCAAGGUGUUUUAAUGGGGGAGGAACGGACCAUAGAUGGAGUGGAUAUAUCGGUCUUAAAUCAAACUAUUUUGAGAGACACUGGCUACCAAAAAAUAACAGGGAAUUACACUUUUACUAGCGAGGUAUCUAUAUCUGGUGAUGUGACUGUGGAUGGUCUUGUAGAUGGUAUCAACAUUCCUACAGAUAUACUGGUAGCAAACUCAGCCACACCAGCUGUAUUAACCGGCCAUUGGGUUAUUAAUGAUGAUAUGAUUGUAAAAGACAUCACUGUACAAGGAAGCAUUGAUGGCAUCGCAGCUACAGGAGGGGGUACAGGCCUAGAAGUGCUUCUUACAAAUGGCGUUGAUCAAACUGUAGAGGGAGCUAUAAUAUUUUCCAAUGGUCUUAUUCUUGAUGGAUCCUCAACAGUGGAUGGUUUAGUGGAUGGGGUAGAUAUACCAUCUAUGGUAGCUGAGGCUGUCAAAGUAGAUGGUGAUCAAGUCAUAACAGGUGAGAAGACCUUUGCCUCUGAUGUGACUUUUCAGCAAGAUCUCUUAGUGGAUGGACUUGUGAAUGGAAUUAACAUAACAAUGUAUGAAUCUAAUGCAUUGAGACUAUUGGAGGAAGAUGGAGUCCUUGUAUUCAAUGGGAAUGUAACUCUUUUGGCUUCUCAAACCACGAUGGCCGGUCCCCUCAUCACUAAUGGACAACAUACAUUUGGGACAGAGAGAAACAUUGAGGCUUUUGUUAUCCAAGGCAGGACAGACUCCAUCAAUGGACUUAAGAUCUUCUCAUCAGAUGUGAGUUCAACUGAAGAUGUAGAAGCAUUGAUCGUCAAUAGCAUCAACAUGUCUUACUACCUCCGAGAAGUAAUAAGAACUAUUCCUGGAAAGCUUCUUCUUAUUGAGGGGAAUGUUACCUUCUGGAAUGAUGUCAUUAUGAAAGAUAACUUGGACAUUCAAUCACAAAUGAUUGACGGUGUGUUGAUUACUGACAUUGUAACAAUAUUCAAUUCAUCGUAUGUGAAACUGAAUACAACCUUUCUUAAUGCUGUGAUUGCUCAAGACGUCACCAUUGGCUCUAUAACACUCUCUGGAUUACUCAAUGGUGAUGAUGUACGAGCCAUCAAUGCAAAUACACUCAAGAUAAAUGCAGACGGAAUCCAGUAUGUGACAGGCACAAAGACGUUUCUAAAUGGAUUGACAGUGAUUGGGAAAAUCAUCGUUGUAAACUACACCAAUGGUUUUGACUUGUCAGUCGUUGCUGACGAUGCUGUUUAUACCAAUGUGAAUGAGACACUUAUUACUGGAGCCAAAGUUUUUACCGGGAUAGUGCAGAUACCAAAUCUAGAUGCACUUGAUCAUGUGGAUGGUGUUCAUAUACCAACAUUCAACAAACAGGUUAUUAAACAGUUUCUCACUCAAACAAUUGAGGGCAGUAUUCAUUUCACUCAGAGUCUUCACUUCCAGGAUGAUCUCACGGUUGCUAUGACAAUAAACGACCACAUUGUUGAUAAGGAGCUGAAUGGUGUAUUGCUAACAACAAAUAGUACUUACAAUGGCAAUUUGCAGUUUUCUGACAUUGUUUCCGGACCUAAUAUAACAAUUGAUGGAUUCAUAGAUGGUUUUAAGAUGGAAGAUUUUGUUCUGCGAGUUUCAGAUUUCCAAACCAUAACUGGUGAGAAAGUGUUCAUUGGAACUUUGACGGGUCAGGAGACAAUGAUCGCCCUCUUAUUAAAUGGAGUCUCCCUGGAUGAUCUGAAUGCAGUAGCUGCCAGACAUAAUGAAACAACCGUUUUGUUUGGCUACACAACAUUUACAAGUGGGAUAACCUUAGAGCAGAAUCUAACAGCUGAUAUUCUAGUGGAUACAGUGGAUGUACGAUACCUUGAAGCUAAUGCACUACUUACUAAGAAAGAUGGAGUUACUCAACAGACUGUGUAUGGAAAUGGAACUUUAGAUGAUAUAUAUGUCCUUGAUAAUGUAACUUACAAUGGUACCUUGGAUGGCAUUAAUCUGAAAGAGUUGGAGCAAACCUACAUGAGCUUAACGCUCCCACAAACAGUGACUGGAAAUAAAACCUUUGUAGAUACUCUUAGGAUAGCAUGCCAAGCUUCAUUAAUAACACAGACUAUCAUACUGGAUGGAGACUUAAAUGGUGUCGAUUUCGAAAUUUUUGCUCAAUCUGUUUGGAUUGAUGGAAGAGAGAAUCAGAUCUUAGGAAUCAAGACCUUUGCAGCCAAUACAACACUUGGUAACCUAGUGAUUGAUGGCGUCAUCAAUGGAUUAGAUCUCUCAGAUAAUGCAGUGGUAAACAACCAAGUCAACAUCAUCACAGGCAUUAAGAAUUUCACUGGUAGUCCCGUGAGCUUUAGCUCCAUCACUAUGACGAAUCUAAUGAAAGUUGAUGGAGUGGACUUAUCUGUAUUUCAAAGCAAUGCCGUCACAUUAACAGGGAACUAUAAUAUCCUGUUUCCUAUUGAAAUAUCCGGUAUCAUUCUGCAGAAUAACCUCAUCGCUGGAGGCAAAGUUGAUGGAAUAGUCGUCUCGGAAGACAAUUUAUUACUUGAGACAGGAACUCAAGAAGUGACUGGAGUGAAGCGGUUUAGCAUGGAUGUAAGCGUUGCUCCAAAUAUUCUAAUCAAUGGUCUGGUUAAUGGAGUGGAUCUCGUGGAGUUAUUGAAUAAUACACUACUGAAAAGCAUAGCUCAGACUAUUGAAGGAGAAUACACCUUUCAUGGUACACCUAUCAUGAGUGAUAUAACAACACUGGGUUAUGUGGAUAAUCUACGUAUUCCUGAGUUAUAUCGCUUUGUCUACACAUAUCCAUCAUUUACAGCUCUUAAUAUAAGCCUACUAGCAAGAUGUCAACUGUUGGAUCACAUGCAUUAUGCACAAGAAAAUGCUGCCGUAUUACUAUCUCAUCUGGAUGUUUUGCAAGCGAUUGAUACAGUUGGUUAUGGAUCGUGGCAUUCCUUCUAUUAUAACAAGACACAGUGGCUGGUACUCGGACAGAGAACCACCUUUCCUCCUGUUCAAUGUAUUCAAUCACACAUCUACCAGUGGGAUCAAGUUACUGAACAAUACCAAUAUUAUAUGUCCAUACAUCCCAAAUCGGCCACAGAUGUUGAUUCCUUCGUGAUAAAUGAUAGACUUUUCUUAGUCGUUGCUGCUAAGAAUAUUGAUGCAGGGGAUUGUAUCUUCCCCUCUCUGCAAGAAGGAGUUGACAUCGAUGGUAUAGUCACACUAAAUCGAUCUUCAAUACCGAGUGAUUUCCUUGGUUACAGUACAACCAGCGUCUUGAUCUGGCUACCAGAGAAUGAAACCUUCUACCUGUAUCAAGCUCUACCUUGUAUAUCACCAAUGGAUGUAGAGAUCUAUAUAGACCCACUGACUAAUCAAACCUGCAUAGCUAUCUCAAAUGAGUUACAUAUUGAUGAAAACUUUGACUUCCAUACAGUCUUACCAUCUUACAUCUUUUGUCUGGAGAGUUUAGAAACAGGCUUUUAUUUGAAGGACUACAUUAUAACUGUUGGAGCAAAUAAGAUGAAACAUUUCUUUGUAGAUGGCGUUCUGCAUUUGAGUGUUGCUAAUUAUUUGGAUGACAUCAGGCGUUCUUUCACUGCGUCUUCUUCUGUAUUCCAACAAGUCAGUAACGGAUCCUUCACUGAAGUUGUCACAAUGGAAUCCACAGCUGCUUGUGAUAUUCUGGCUGUAUCAAUAGAAGAUAAUCACUACAUCAUUAUUGCCAACUCAUUCACAGGAACACUCAACAAAGAGAAUUUUGAAGUGCCGGUCACAGUUUUCAAAUACUCCGAUACUAACACCAUUGAACAUCAGCAAGAUAUUGAUGCAUAUGGAGCCAUUGCACUGGAAUCCUUCAGCACAACAGAUCAACUGUUUAUCAUCAUUGUAGACCGUACAUCAACAACAGUCUAUCAAUAUAAGGGAAUUGAGCUAUUCGUUAAGAUACAAACACUCAAAAUUUAUGAUGUGAGUAGUGUGACUGUGUUUCCAUUUGGUGAUACUGGAGUCAUACAGGUUGCUAUUGUGGCUUAUGUUGAGGAAGAUUUAUUCUUUGAGGAGCAGAUAAUUCACGCUCUUCCAGCUCCAUCAAUGGUCCUUAAUUUGGUGAUUCUAGGUGAGAAGGUAGAUUCGCUUAGCUGUAGCGGUGAUACACCAGAUGAUUAUGUUGCGACUGGAAUAACAAACCAAGGGCCUCCUGAUGCAAGUCUUCGAUGCGCUGGAUUUCCUUACAACAUUACUGGUGCCAAUUGAUCGAGAGAAUUCUAAUGAUAUACUGGAGGGUAUUUCACAGUGUCAUAUUUAAAGAAUUGUACAAGGUUAUCAUAAAUGUAGUAAACUUUAUUUUUGGUAAUGUUGCUUAAAAAGGAAAAUAUAUCAUAGAUAAGAAAAAGAACUGGUUGCAGGGAUAUUUGUCAUUUAAGGAUAUGGGCACUUUUUGUAACACAAAACACAAUGUCCACAGAUUUACAUAAAACCGUUUGAAGGUAAUGAUAGUAGAAAGCU